GCAUACUUUCAAUUAAUAAACUUCAGUUGACAGCCAUUCAUUUGACUAUAGUGUUUGUUAUACUUGUUCAUUGUUGCUACCUAUUCACAUGGAAGUCUAUAAGAUUAUGUCUGUUGGCUUUGUCAUUAUUGGAACGGAUGCAGUUGCUAUGUAGACAUCUUGAAUGGUUGUUUCAAAGAUUAAUCUUUCAUCCUUGUCUGUAAAUCUAUUUCCUGCGACUCGACGAUCGGAUUUGUUGAGAUAAUUGUGGAAUUUAAAUUAAAUCACAUAGGAAAAGUUUGUUUGCAUUUCGUAGUUCACACAUUGUGAACAAAUAGCAGAAUUGUGUGAUUUGAAAUCGCGUUACAAACAAGAAUAAAUUUAAUCAGUUUAGUGUAAGGUAUUCAAAGAGGAAUAGUUUUUGAAAUGAGACUUAAGCCAUUACAACUGCGGACUGAGGAUGAACAAUUUUCACGAUAUAUUAGGACGGAGUAUAACAAGGAGAUGGCUAUGGCCAAUUCCUCCUAUGCUCGCGCAGCCGGAAUUCAGAGUGAAAUAAGCAAAGUGACCGUAACUAGAGUGGCUAGCAGUGAAGUGGAAUGUAAACGUCAAACAAACGUGUAUAGGAAAGAUAUGAUAAUCUCAAUUAAUAAUAUAUCACGAGAACAAAGGAUGCUACGAAAAUCUAUGGUGCGUUAUUCAAAGAAAAAGAAACAACACAAACUAGUUAAAGAAAAACGAGAAAAAGUGAUAUUAGAAAGAGAAGAGAGAGAACGUGAACAUAUCGCACAAUGGGAACAGAUUCAUGCUGUAUUGAAUUUAGAAAAUGGCGUCAGUAUGGAACAUUCAGCUGAAAAUACGCUAAAACACAAACAUGAUGAAAAUAGUAUUCUAAAUGACGAAAACAAUAACGAAACUUUUGAAGACAAUAAUAAAAAUAAAAACAAAAAGAGUAGCACAAAAGACGAGCAAAAUGAACAGUCUUUGAACCCAUUUGAAGUACUUCCAGCAAUUACUGAAGACGAAAAUGAACAAGAAACAAACCAAGAAAAUGAAAAUGAAGAACUUGAGAAUAAGCCAUCAACAUCCGAAACUAAUUCAUUCUCAACAUCAGAAACUAUUCCAUCCUCGACAUCAGAUACAACACAAUCUAUUGAGAAUUAUUUAAGUCCUUUGUUAUCACUGACACUCAGGCCGCUGAAGCCUAGAAAGCAAAUUGUGUCCUUUUCUGAUAUUAUAAAGCUUAAACAUUCACACAACACAAAUAAACUUUUUGAUAUGGUUCAUGUUCUUGCCACAAAAAGUGGAGUCAAUGAGAGUGUAGAAAAACGCCGAGCAGAACGAAGAAACUCCAGGAUUCCGAAAGGUAGUACGGAUGCAGCGGUUUCAGCAUCUUUACGAAAGCAAGCGUCAAUUAUUUACCCAAUGAAAUAUGGUUAUGGCGACCAUGCAUCAAACAAUGAAGAAAAAUUUGAUUUUUACGAUAACAAUGUUGAUACAGACAAUAAUGUGGCAUCUUUAGAAACAGAACUAACAGACAGAAGUGACAAACAUUCAUCGCUUAAUGGCACAUCUCCUCUAAAGAAAUUUAAACGAAACAAAAGUAUCUCUGGUUUUAGCGACGAAUUCAAGAAAUUCCGAAAGGAGGAAAUGAUUAAGAAUGGUAUUGCCGAAGAAGGGCGUAGAUAUACGAAUUUAUCAACUCGAUCUACAUCUUCAAAACUUCUCCCAUCAAUUAACAGUUCCAAGUCUUCGCCAAAUCAUUCGCGGAACAACUCUGUGUCUUGGACAGAAGCUUUCGGAUUAUUGAAAAUUGUUCACAAUAUAGAUUGAUCAAUCAUUAUCAUGAUUCAUUUCAUAUAAUCAUUAUAUUCAGCAUUCAUUAAAAUUACACAUUUUUUUUUACAUUUGUGUAUAAUAAAUAAACUCAUCAAAGAUAUCUGGAAUAAAAGUAAUUUAUCAUUAUGACAAUGGUAAAAUGAAA